AUGAGGUUACCAGCACUGUGCAUAUGCGGGACCCUGCUGGCCCUUUCAAGCCUUUCUGCAACCAUAGCAGACGAUGAUGAAGGAGAACUCCUGGUGGAUCAUGGAUUUGGACCUUGUGCAGCAACUCUGAGACCGGAGGGGCCGUGCAGACCGGGGCAGGAUGAGAGCAUGUGCCCAUUCCUAUUCAGUCUGCCGCCACUGACGCUCUAUUUGCCGAAGCAGCUCAGAGAGCUGGACAAGAUUGUGAAGGAUUUGCAGAAGCUGAAGGACAAUGUGGACCAACUGAGGAAGAUGUGUGUCGAUUGUACAGUAAGCCAAACUGUGAAUGAGUGUGGAAGGCAAGGAGAAGGAGAGCAUGUAAAGCUGAAUGAGGGUACAGCUAGACAUAGGGAUGAGACGAACUGGCUGAAUGAGAGAAAUCCUAAAAAGCCAAACGAUUUUAGCCAGGAGUUUACCAUUGUGAGAGACUGCUCCGACCACCUGCUCAGAGGGGGCACAAAAAACGGAGUGUACCUGGUGACCCCUGACCUCCGCAGUAGAAGCUUCCCGGUCCUCUGUGACAUGGAGCUGCAUGGAGGAGGGUGGACGCUCCUGCAACGCAGACAGGACGGCAGCGUGAGCUUUAACCGGACCUGGGCUGAGUACCGAUCAGGCUUCGGGGAGCUGGAUGGAGGGGAGUUUUGGCUGGGCAACACCAUGAUCCACCUGCUGACCCGGGACAGGGACAUGGUGCUGCGGGUGGAGCUGGAGGACUUUGGCGGUGUGAUGGAGUACGCAGAGUACAAGCAGUUCAGGGUGGCUAGUGAAAGGAUGCGCUACAGACUGACGGUGGGCAGUUACUCGGGUACUGCAGGGGAUGCUCUCCGCUUCAGCAAAAGUUAUGAUCACAAUAACCGGGCGUUCACCACGCCGGACAGGGACCACGACCGCUAUCCGUCUGGAAACUGCGGGGCCUAUUACAACUCCGGCUGGUGGUUUGAUGCCUGCAUGGCUGCAAAUCUCAACGGGAGAUACUAUGUGGGGAACUAUAAGGGAGUCCGGGAUGGCAUUUUCUGGGGGACGUGGCAGAACAUAUCUACAGAGUAUUACCCCACAAAUGAGAGACAGUCUUUUAAAACUGUCAGGAUGAUGAUCCGACCAAAGAGCUUUGCACCAUGA